CCCUAGUCAAUGUUGGUUAAACCAUGCUCAUCUUCAACCUCUUGUUCAUUACCCAAGCAGCCAUGGCAGUCCCUUCCCCAAUUCUUUUCUUCUUCUUCUUCUUCUUAUUCCUUGUCAAGUUAGCCUUGUCUGACAACAUCCAAUUCAUCUUUCAAGGGUUUAAAGGCAAUUCCAUUGAAAAUUUGAGCCUCAAUGGUGCUUCUGUUAUCACAUCAACUGGUGCAAUACGACUCACUAAUUACUCCAAAAACCUAAUCGGCCGGGCCUUCUACUCAUCGCCCUUGCACAUGUUCAAGACCCAUUCCCAAAAUGCUUCCUCUUUUAGCACUACUUUUGUUUUUGUCAUUGUUCCCCUAGACCCUCAAAUUGGCGGUGGUCAUGGGUUGGCCUUCACUCUAGCUCCUACCCAGCAACUUCCAGGGGCACGGUUUGAGAAUUAUCUUGGGCUUUUGGGUCCAGAAAACAAUGGUAACUUCUCAAAUCAUGUUUUUGCAGUUGAAUUUGACACGGCCACUGGCCUCUGGGUGAACGACAUCGAUGGCAAUCACGUCGGAAUCGACAUCAACAGUAUGAAUUCCACAGUAUCAAAAGCAGCUUCUUAUUAUGCCAAUCAGACCCACCCUAUAGAACCACUUAAAUUGGAGAGCGGGAUGCCAAUUCAGGCUUGGAUUGAGUACGAUGGAACUCAAAAGAUUGUGAAUGUGACCAUAUCGCCUUUGUUUGUUCCUAAACCAAGUAGGCCACUCUUGUCCGCCCCGGUUGAUUUAUCUCAUAUUCUCAAAGAGACCAUGUUUGCAGGCUUCUCUUCGGCCACCGGAAAGCUAGCAGGCUCACAUUACAUACUGGGAUGGAGUUUUAGGAUGAAUGGAGUGGCACCUCCACUCAAUCCUUCUCAACUUCCUUCCCUUCCAAGGCCGAAAAUUUCUGAAAAGAUAAGAAAGGAGGGUAUUGGGAUCGGAGCUGUAUGUUCUGCCACCACGCUCGUCUUGCUUGUGAUUGUGGUGUUCAUCUCCUUGUAUUAUUUGCAGAGGUUAAAGUACAAGGAUGUUUUAGAGGAGUGGGAACUGCAAUGCUCUCACAGAUUUCCAUACAGGGACUUGUUUAAAGCCACCAAAGGUUUCAAGGACAGCGAGAUCCUUGGAUCAGGGGGUUUUGGCUGUGUGUACAAGGGAGUGUUACCUGCAACCCAAGAAGAAGUCGCGGUCAAGAAAAUCUCCCACAAUUCAAGACAGGGGAUCAGGGAAUUCAUAAUGGAGAUAGCGAGCCUAGGACGCAUGAGACACAAGCAUCUAGUACACCUCCAUGGAUGGUGCAAGCACAAAGAUGAACUCCUCCUUGUUUAUGACUUCAUGCCCAAUGGAAGCCUUGGGGACAUUCUCUUCAACCACAAAAAGUCGGGGAUUCUCAGUUGGGAGCAGAGAUUCAGUAUCUUGAAAGGAGUUGCUUCCGCACUAUUAUAUCUUCACGAAGAAUGGGAGCAGGUGGUUGUCCAUAGAGAUGUGAAAGCCAACAAUGUGUUACUUGAUGCAGACAUGAAUGCAAGACUGGGGGAUUUCGGGCUUGCCAGGUUGUAUGAUCAUGGGGAGGAAGCCUGCACCACACAUAUAGUAGGCACAUUAGGAUACAUAGCACCAGAAUUAUCGCGAACAGGAAAGGCCACAACUCAUUGUGAUAUGUUUUCAUAUGGCGCAUUGCUCCUCGAAGUAGCUUGUGGAAGGCCGCCAAUUGACCCAAAUGCCUCAUCCAAAUGGGUAUUACUGUUGGACUGGGUGAGGGAAUGCUGGGCAGCAGGCUGUAUAGUUGAGGCGGCUGAUCCCAAGCUUGACAAUGAAUAUGCGGUUGAGGAGAUGGAACUAGUAAUGAAGCUGGGGCUUAUUUGUUGUCAAAAGAUGCCAGAAGCGAGGCCGACUAUGAGGGAGGUGAUUUGUUACCUAGAUGGAAGUGAUAAUCUCCCUAGUGAUCUUUCCCCAGAAUAUCUCGAUGUGUAUGGGAAUAAAUUGUUUGCAGGCUCAUGUUCUUCAUCUCUGGGUUUUAGCGGGAUCAAUUCUAGCACAAUGGGAGGUGGCGUGAUCAGUUCUGGUUCAUUGAAAGGCGGCAGACAUUAAAGCCUCUAAGCCUUAAUUGUGCAUCUUUCCAGUUUCCACUAUAUUAUAUUGGUAGCAGUGGAGGGUGUUAAAUUUCUCUUCCUGAUAUGAAAAAUGUUUGUAUUAGUAGCUCUAAUAGGUGAUAAAAUUAGAAUUAAUCGGUUAAAGGGAUGAAAUAUUCCCCAUAUCAAUGAA